AUGUUCCCGGGCCAAACGAUAUACCGCGAGAUUCGAGAGUCGGAUAUACGGAUGAAGGGCCCCGGAUAUACCCCUCAGCACCUCGGAAUUUACGAUUUCUUCAAACAGCCGGGUGGGGCGUCGGAAAUACGGAUCAACCCUAACUAUUCGAAGAUCACUUUCUUCACUUUCUUUUGGUUCUUCAAAAUUCUAGAAGAGAACACGGACUCGAUUGUUGCAAACUGCCUGUCCAGCAAGCAACCUAGGCUGAAGGCUGAAGCCAGGACUGGCAUAAUAGCCGCCAUGGACGAGCAGGAGAAGAACGAGCACGGCAACGGGCUCUCGCGCACCAAGACCAACCAGUCCAUCGCGGAUACAUUCUCUCGGCCGCGCGAAAUCGUCUUCGUUAUUAUAGUAUGCAUGUCGCAGUUCAUCACGCAGGCGAAUGUCGGUGUCUGCCUGUCGCCCCUGGAUAUCGUCGGCGGGGACUUUGGGCUCAGUGAGCAGGGCGGACUGGCCUGGUUCCUGGCCGGAUACUCCCUGACAGUCGGCACGUUUAUUCUUGUCUUUGGUCGAUGCGGGGAUCUCUUCGGGUACCACCGGAUGUAUAUCAUCGGAUUCCUUUGGUUGGCUCUCUGGUCGCUUGUCGCGGGCAUUAGCGUGUACUCGAACUAUAUCCUGUUUAUUAUAUCGCGUGUUCUGCAGGGCCUAGGCCCCGCGAUGCUCCUGCCCAAUGGGCUGGCUAUUCUCGGCGCGACAUAUGCGCCGGGGAAGAAGAAGGAUAUGCUGUUUGCGCUGUUUGGCGCGACGGCUCCAAACGGUGCAAUUAUUGGCGGUGUAUUUGCCGCGCUCUUUUCCCAGCUGGCCUGGUGGCCCUGGACAUACUGGUCUAUGUGCAUCGUCUCUGUCGUAUGCGCCGGAAUCGGCUACCUCGUCAUCACGCCGAUCCACCACUCCAAACCGACAGAUAACCUUUUCGUUGCGCUCGACAUUCCCGGCGCGUUCACCGGCAUCACCGGUCUAGUUCUCGUCAACAUCGCAUGGAACCAAGCGCCUGCCGUCUCAUGGGCCGAGCCCUACGUGAUCAUCCUGCUCAUCCUGGGCGCCCUCUUCAUAGCUGCCUUCUUUGUUGUCGAAUUCAAGUACGCAAAGCACCCACUAAUCCCUUUCCACGCCUUCUCCACAGACGUUUCCUUCGUACUCGGCUGCGUCGCAACAGGCUGGGGCUGUUUCGGUACCUGGAUUUACUACUCCUGGCGCUUCCUCCUCGACUCCCGCGGCGCAACGCCCCUCCUUGCCUCAGCACAGUUCAUCCCGCCUGGUAUUUCAGGGCUUCUCGCCUCCUUUGCGACGGGGUUUCUCAUGUCCCGCAUUCGCCCACCAUUGAUUAUGUGCAUGUCGUUAACCGCAUUUACCCUCGGAACGAUCCUCAUCACCAUUGCACCGGUGCACCAAACGUACUGGGCUCUUACGUUUGUUUCCCUUAUUAUCAUCCCCUGGGGCAUGGACAUGUCCUUCCCCGCUGCCACGUUGAUGCUCAGCAACGCCGUUGCGCGCGAGCACCAGGGUCUUGCGGCGAGCCUGGUCACAACGAUUGUCAACUACAGUAUUUCUCUCAGCCUUGGAUUCGCCGGUACGAUCGAGAGCCAGAUUGUGCAUGGUGACUCACCCGAAGAGCGGUUGAAAGGGUACCGCUCAGCACUGUAUUUUGCGAUUGGGCUGGGUGGUUUAGGACUUUGUAUCAGUGUGCUUUAUACCAUGAAGAGUUAUUUCUGGGGUCGGAGAACAGAUGAGGUUGAGAAUAGAGAGAAAUCCGUGGAAAGGGAGUAUGGCGAAGAAGACUCGUAG